CCUAGAGGGAGGGACCACCGAGGGAGGGGACCGCGGGGAGGCUGUCUCGCUCUUCCGGAGGGUGCCUGCAGCCACCGGAUUCCUGUGCUGUCACUGUGCCGCGCCCAGAGCAGCAGCAAGAGCGACAAUGAGAGGCUAUUACCUGUUUGAUCCCUGCCGGAAGGCCGGCACGGGCCAACUUUUCCUGAUCCUAGAGCCUAGAAGUUGCAAGGACUAGUGGAAGACUCGGAGGGGCCAGGGCGAGGGCGCUCUCCUCUGCGCGCUUCCUCCUCCCUCCUCCCUCCUGCCGCCUGCGCUCCCGGCCUCUCCCGCCCGCGCGCUCUCCCUCCGCCCGCCUCCUGCUCUGGCCCCCUCCACAAGGCACAGAGUGGGGGGUGCGGCGGCGAAACUCCGACCCAAGCCACUUGGACUUGCACAGUGUCCUCGGGGCUCAGGGGCCGAGAGCACGCAGUCGCUCAGCUCUGCCUCCGCCUGCCCGUCUCGCCUGCGAUCCGGCCCGCCCGAGGCUGUGGCUUUGACUCGGACCCUGCCAGCCAGCAGCCCGCGCAGGAGCCGGACCACCAGCAGAGGAGCGCAGAAGGCAUGCGAAGCCCCCUCCUCUGCUGAAGCCCGAGUGCGAGGACGCCCGGGCUAACGCAGGCUAAAGAGACCAAGGCGGCCAAGGCUCGAGAGAGCGGGAGAGCAGCGGAGAAGAAGGAGGGAGAGGAGGAGGAGGAGAACCCAGAGAGGGGCAGCAGAAGAAGUGGUGGUGGUGGGCGUCGUGGCCAUGGCUGCGGCAAUCGCCAGCUCUCUGAUCCGUCAGAAGAGACAAGCCCGCGAGCGCGAGAAAUCCAACGCCUGCAAGUGUGUCAGCAGCCCCAGCAAAGGCAAGACCAGCUGCGACAAAAACAAGUUAAAUGUCUUUUCCCGCGUCAAACUCUUCGGUUCCAAGAAGAGGCGCAGAAGAAGACCAGAGCCUCAGCUUAAGGGUAUAGUUACCAAACUAUACAACCGGCAGGGCUACCACUUGCAGCUGCAGGCGGAUGGAACCAUUGAUGGCACCAAAGAUGAGGACAGCACCUAUACUCUGUUUAACCUCAUCCCUGUGGGUCUUCGAGUGGUGGCUAUUCAAGGAGUUCAAACCAAGCUGUAUUUGGCAAUGAACAGUGAGGGAUAUUUGUACACCUCGGAACAUUUCACACCUGAGUGCAAAUUCAAAGAAUCAGUGUUUGAAAAUUAUUAUGUGACAUAUUCAUCAAUGAUAUAUCGUCAGCAGCAGUCAGGCCGAGGGUGGUAUCUGGGUCUGAACAAAGAAGGAGAGAUCAUGAAAGGCAACCAUGUGAAGAAAAACAAGCCUGCAGCCCAUUUUCUGCCCAAACCACUGAAAGUGGCCAUGUACAAGGAGCCGUCACUGCACGAUCUCACGGAGUUCUCCCGAUCUGGAAGUGGGACCCCGACCAAGAGCAGAAGUGUCUCUGGCGUGCUGAACGGGGGCAAAUCCAUGAGCCACAAUGAAUCAACGUAGUCAGUGAGGGCAAACAAGGGCUCAAUAACAGAACCUUGCCUCCAGGUACUGUUGAAUUCUUGAGCAGUCCUUCAUCCAAACGGUCAAAUUUGUCAGUGAGGUGUAUCAAACAAAACAGGCAGAAUUCACUCUCUGAUCUGCCAACAGAAUUUAUUCCCAUCCAUACUAAACCCCAUCAUUUCCAUCAAGCUUGUGCAAAAGAAUGCCAAGCAUUAUCAAUGAACUAAAUCUGGGAGAAGGACUGUCAGAUUUUCUCACGAUCUCACCUGUAUUUUGGGGAUGAUUAACCAAAAAGUAGUUCACAGCACUAAUUCUGAUCAAAAUUUGCUCUCCAACCAAGACAAUUUCAAAGACCGUAAUUGUUCUUUAAAAACAAACAAAAAAACUACACAACUAAACUAAAGUAAACUAAACGAAAUUAGCUGCUUAAAUGUUUUGUAGGGGCAAACACAAUUACGUGAACCGUGUUGUUUUCUUGGCUUAAUGUUUUCUAUCUACGCUUGAUUCACAUGUACUCUUUGCUUUCGUAUAGUGCAACUUCUGAUUUCUGAAGUGUAAUGCUUAUUGACUUUGUGUCCCUUAAUCCAAAUCAACCAAAUUCAAGGUUGAAUCUGAAUUGGCAUCUCAGGCUCAAAGUAACAGUGUUCUUGUGAUUUUACCAGUUGUUUUAGAUUUGUAGUAUCCUGGUCGAGUUCUUGUGCUGUAUUUGUGUGUAGAAAUUGAGUUGUAUUGUCAAUCCCAGUUAGUAAAGAUAACUUAAAAAAAGAUUAUCUUCAAGUGUAGAUUUCUCUUAAUUCCAUUUGUGUUAAACUUUGGUUGUGGCUUCUUGUGU